CAGCCCUAUAAAGAGGUGCUCAGGACAUGCCUGUAGCACUGGUGGUGCUCAAGUCGUACUCUGUUCUGGAAUCAGAUACUUAGAAUCUAGAAGAUGUCUUAUCAACAGCAGCAGUGCAAGCAGCCGUUCCAGCCUCCUCCUGUGUGCCCACCCCCAAAGUGCCCUGAGCCUUGUCCACCCCCAAAGUGCCCUGAGCCUUGUCCAACCCCAAAGUGCCCUGAGUCUUGUCCACCCCCAAAGUGCCCUGAGCCAUGCCCCCCUCAGCCAUGCCAGCAGAAAUGCCCUCCUGUGCAACCUCCUCCACCCUGCCAGCAGAAGUGUCCACCCAAGAGCAACUAAGGCAUUCAGCAGUCAUCAGGACCAAGAGAAGAUAAAGAACAUGAUUUCAUCACUUCCAUAGCAACACCAUCUUCCCUCCAAAGCCUGUCAAAGAUCCUGAAGAUUCUUCUCUACCCUUUAUCCUUUAAUCUGCCUGCAGUGAUCCCUAUAGGGAAAGGCAUUUUCUGACAGCUGUGAAAGAGCUGUCUGACAAUGACAGUGGUUCCAGCAUCCCAGAUGAUCAUAAGGAGUGGCACCUGUUCUCCAGUGCUGGUCAGCAGUGGUUGUCUGUCACCUUGACUGGGAUUUCUACCACUUUGCCUGUUGAAGCAUUUUCCUACUUCCCAAAUAAAGAAUACUUC